UUGCCAACUGUAUGCAAAUAGUGGCAGCAGCGCAACGCACGUUUGGCAACGCGUGCACAUAUGUAUUUCGCACAAGCAAAGCGAACAGCAACAAAUAAACACACGCMUUCUAGCAGCAGCAGCAACCAGUGCAUAGAGAUAUUGUGAAAACAAUGUGUUAGACAGGCGUAUGCUAACUGAAAGUAAUAUUAAAUUUGCGGUUUAAGACGGUAAGAUGCCGAGCGAAAACACAGCAGAGGCAGCAACGGAGCCAAAAUGUAGCAAUGACAAAGGUGACGCUGACGCUGACGCAGACGCCGUGCCAGAGGCAGGAAGGCGUAUGCCAUCGGCGUCACCGUCGACGUCGUCGUCGAAGUCUGCGCGUAAGCAAAACAUACAAUACGGCCUGACCACAAAGGUGGCACUUUCACGGCUGCACGAGGACAUUGAGAACGUGCUGCUGGAGCAUGAGCGGGCGAGCAGAGCAGAGAGCUGCACUUGUAAAUUUCGUGCGGCAUUCAUGAAGCGCUAUGACAGCCCCCUCGGCUGGCUAUCAAUCGGCACGACGCUGGUGACAAGCGGCGCUCUCUUGAUCACAGGCAUGUUCUGGCCCGCAAUUUGUUUGCUUAUCAUUCUGCUGGUGGAUUUAUAUGUGGUCAUUAGGGAGAGUAAUUUGCGACGUACGGAAAUCUUUCGAAAGACUCGACAUGCUUUGUCGGAGCUGCGGCUGGCCGAGCAGCAUCUGAGCGACAAUUGGCAUGAAUCGAACUAUCCGCAUCUAAAUAACCCCAUGUCUCCAUGCGUCUCACUACAGUGGACCUAUCGAGAUGGGCAUAUAGUUAAUCUGCCCUGGGCGCUGUUGGUGCGUGGAGAUUACAUUGUGCUGCGACCGGGUCACAUAUCGCCUGGACCCUGCCAUGAGCUGCAGACUAAACGGUUUUUCAAUACCAGCGAAAUCUAUGGCAUCUCUGCGGCGCAGCUUGGCGAUCCGCCAGUCAAACCAACGGCACGUGCGCCGCUGCCCGAUUUAGUAUGCUGCCUCGAGCGCACGCCGUAUUUGGAGAACUUACGUUUGUGCCUAAAGAACUCGCUGAAACGACCCCCAACCAUUUACAAUCAACAACGCUAUUUGCUGGUGACAAAGUACAUACAACAAUGGGGGUUUAUAAGCGCCUUGGUCAUCACUCUCUUUGCGGGCCUGCUGCGUCUGCACGGUUAUGGAUUGUCCACGGAUGAGAAGCACAAUUGGCGACAUGUUCUGAUUGGCUCACCAGCAGCGGCUGUUAUACCCUUGUUGCCAUUGGUUUUUCCAGUGCUGUGGAUUUCCAUGAAUCUGUGGGGCAUUGCGCGACUGCAGUGCUUCCUGAAAACGCCGCAGGCCAUACUGGAGAAGUGCACCAGUAAAUCGUUUGAGGACCUAGAUAUAGAUACACCAGGCUAUGACUACGAUAGCAUUUCGCUGCUACGCUCCAAUGUGUUGCGCAUCUGGAUGCAGCUGUGGCAGGGUGACAGCGAACUGUUGCCGCGCUCGGCCAAUCUGGUGCAGGUGCUUGGCUCCAUAUCUGCGCUUUGCUGUGUGGACAAGAAAGGCAUCCUCUCAUGGCCCAAUCCCACUGCCGAAAAGGUUUUCUUUCUGCACAACACCGAAGAGGAGCCGCAGGACGGUGGCAGCCAGCUGUCUAUGUCCACGGAAAGCGACAAUGUCGGUGAUCCGGAGAACAAGGAGCGAGGGGUCGUGGCAGAAGUACUCGAUCUCACUCACGAUCAACACUGCCCCUUCCGCCUGGAAUUCGACGAUCACGAGUGGAAGGCGCAUAUCAAAUCACUAAAGCCUUUGGGUCUGGCCAUUCUACUGAACACCUGUUCGCCGUUGACCCACGAGCACUAUGCGCAGUUCUGUGGCCAUGUCAGCGCCGUGGCCAUGCUCGACAAAGAUCUGGUGCCCGUCACGAAUCGGUAUGCGAUGUUUGAGUCCAGUAUGAAAAGCCUAUUGCAUGGACGCUGUCUGUGCGAGCUAGCCAAACAGAUUGGCUUCACCGAUCAUGCAACGGAUCGUUUUGCACUGGAGGGUCAAUUGGCCAGCUAUAGGCACUUGCAACCGGAUGUUGUGCGUCGGGACAUUCGCUUCGCUCGCCAGCUGCAGCUUUCGAGCAAGGUGAAGGUGCCCUUUCCUCAUUCCUUGUCGGUGGUGAUGCGUGAGAAUCCGGGCGGCUAUCUCUCGCUGUUCACGCAGGGCACGGCGGACAUUAUAUUAGACUGCUGCGAUGACUUCUGGGAUGGCAAGGACUUGCGGCCGCUCUCGCCACAGGAUCGAAAGCGUGCAUUGGACUUUUAUCAGCGCAGCGCUUUGACUUCGUACUGCACAGCGUUCGCCUAUCGACCCUUGCGCCAUGGCAUCCAUGGAGCGUUGAGUGGGCCGCUGCACAGCAAUGGACAGAUUGCUUAUCUGGAGUUGCCGCCAGAGUCGAAGCUGCGCAUGCAGCAUGUGGAUAAGUCGCAUUGCGACUUUGAGGGUGGCCACCAUGUGAAGCUGAGCCACAGCAUUAGCACGGACUCGCUGCUGUUCUCGGAGAGCAAGGAUGAGGAUUGCAAUGAUGUGGAGGGCUGCUUUGAGAUGCAGUGCCAUCAGGUGUUCAUUGGCAUGGUCACCAUGCAGUAUCAGGCGCAGAAUGACAUUGUGCAUUUGGUGGAGCGACUGGAGCGAGCGUGCAUACGCUUCGUGCACUUCAGCAAGGAGAACGAGCUGCGGUCGCGUGUCUUCUCUGAGAAGAUGGGUCUGGAGUCCGGCUGGAAUUGUCACAUCUCGUUGCUCAGCGAACCAGAGCCGGAGCGAGAGAAGCCAACGGCUAGCAAAGUCAAGGAAUCGGACAAUCCGAGCAAGUCGUCCAAGCAUGCGGGUAAAAUAAUCAAUGAGACCAAUACAACAACCACCAACACCAAUACCAAAACCACCAGCACCACCACAGAUACUGUUGCCAUUCAUUUACCCAGUGACCACGUCAUGCACAUUCAGCAACCCGAUGGGGAUGUUACAGGCACGCCAAUCGCUAAACAGACUACUGAUAUUAUAGGUGAUCCGCCGGAUGGACCUAAGCUGAGCUACUUGCUCGAACCGCCUAACAAUUUGGAGUCCUCAAAAACGUUAAGCUGCUCGGCGCCCGGUGCCAUAUCGAAUCCCGAUGAAUGCAAUGUUCCAGCCGAAACCUCAGAUGCAGCUGAUGGGCUAGAUGCAAGCAAAGAUAAUGAUGAGAAUGCGGAGCUAACAAUCGAGGAAGAGCCCGAUCCCGAGCGGCAUAAGCAGCGACAUUCCCUCGACUCGGCUAUGGAUGAGAACUGCCGCUCACUGAGCACACUCACGGAGAGCACCGAUCAAAGUGCGCCCAUCAAUUUCGACAUGUCGAAUCGUGCAAAGCUGCCGAGAGGCAUAGAGAACAUUCGCCCACAUCUGGAGCAGGUGGAUAAUGUGCCGCUGCAGGUGUCGCUAUUCACAGACUGCUCGGCGGAGGCCACUCGUCAAAUGUUGGAUAUCAUGCAGUCCUAUGGCGAGAUUGUCGUCUGCCUGGGCAGCUCGGCGAGCAACGACAAUGCGAACAUCUUCUUGCAAGCCGACUGCAGCAUUGCUGUGGAGCCCCUCUACCCGCAGGUCUGCCAGGAUGUGGAUGCCUAUACGGAGGCUAAUAUACAGAACAAUAAGCUGCACUGGCAACGCCAAUGCCAAGGCAAAGAUGCUAAAGAUGAGCCAUUCGUCAGCGAGCAGCUGCUCGAGUGCGGCAGCGGAGCACGCGCCAUGCAAUCACCUCCGCACACCGUCUCGCCCAUCUACUUGAGCCGGCUGCUCAACUCUCUGCCCUGCUCGAUAGCCAUAUGUCGCGACGACCCGCUUUCGCUGGUGGCCAUAAUUGAGCUGUCACGCCGCUUCUCGCUGGGGCUGUGGAAUUGCAUACAGUUCUGGGCCUGCUGUGCCGGCUCUAUAUCGAUAUUGAAUGUGCUGUGCGCGUGCCUCUCGCUGCCGCCACUGCUCACCCCGCUGCUGGGCAUCUAUUUGAUGUGUGUUCCGGUGCCAUUGAUUGCCAUCUCCCUGGCGCACAUCGAUCUCGAUCCCAAGAUUAUGAAUCGUGCUACCAGCAAGAAGCAAACCGAAUAUGAUUCGCGUGCCUUUGCCUUUGUCAUGUGGUGCUACGGCUGUAAAUUCCUAGUACCCGUUGUUGCGGUGCUCAUUGGCUACUGGAUGUGCAUGACGCAAACGUUGGCCAGUCGCGAGGAAGAGGCUGGCUCCGAUGAGGUAGAGGAUUUUGAGCUUGAGGUGGAAUUUUAUCAAUGUCUCUAUAUAGCGCGCAGUUGCGCUUUGUUUGCUGUUCUCCUGCAUUUUGUUCUCGUCUCUUUGACAUUUGUGCAUCGUGAUCAUGCGCUCUGGCAGCGCAAUCCAUUGAGGAACCACAUUUGGGCAUUUACCUGCUUGGCGGUGCUGCUGCUGCACGGCCUCAUCUGUGGGCUGCAACUGCUGUUGGAUGAGACGCUGGAUGGGCUACUGGCGCAGCUGUGGAUACCGCUGCUCGUGCUCUUUGGCAGCAGCUUGCUGAGUCUCAUCGUCAGCGAGAUGGCCAAGCUGCAGGAGAACAAAGUUAAUGCGCGCUAUCAGCGUCGAGCGCGUCUUGAUUUUGGCACCAAGCUGGGCAUGAAUUCGCCAUUUUAAAAGCUACCUAAAGGACGCCUGCUUGUAGUAGGAUGUGCCAAGCAUCUGUACAUAUAUACUUCGUUAUCCCAUUAGCCCAGACGUUUGCUUGUAAUCUAAUGUUAUGUUCGACAAAUGACUUUUCAUUUUAUAAUUUAAGUUUCAUUGUGUUUCUGUGAAUAUCUGAUGAACUUUUAAUUGUGCAACUAUUGCAGCAUAUUCGUGACUCGCAAAAAAAAAUCUGUUCUUUUAUGUUAGUUUUCAAAACGUUCGAUUUUAUUGUUCCUUGUUUCACUGACAAACACAACUUAUGUACUAACAUUCGAAAGACUUGCAAUUAUUAUAUGGAAUAUACGAACACUUCUGGUAAAUAAAAAACAAAAGACAACUUG